AUGACACGACUGGCGAUUCCAGAUUCUAAUACUUCCCCUUACUCCCGUGAUACAGACAUGGUCGUUUUCAAAGCAAAGCUCUCGGCACCAGGCAGGUGUCCGCAACCUUGUCGGUGUCGCUGCCACUCGUCUCGGCCGUCGACUUUCAGCUCUGUGGGCUGGGCGCGAAAUCUAGUGGGCCAUCUCUUCGUGGCAUAUGACCGCAAGUUAACAUUCGGGAACAAUGUCGAAUGCAGUGAACCACUGUGCAAGGGUAAUAAACGGUCGGUGGUGACCUUCAAAUACCAGUUUCCGGCAUGGCUCUGCUCGCGAUAUCUGUCAGCACAGGCAUCUAUGGACAUCCUUACCGGAUUAAGCGCGUCAUUGAGGCCUGUUAGAGUGUUACCGAUGAACGACGGUGUAAUAGCCAGCAUACAUUAUAGGGGAAGGGAAGCAGUGCAGUGGCGCAUGCAGAAUGGAAAUCUGAUUUUUCCUGAUGAUAGACAGUGUGAUGGAAAGACCGCUUUAGAGUGGGCAAUACGUGGUGGCACGGCCGAUGCCUUGGAGUUUUUGAUUGAGUUUUGGGUUGAGCAGCUCCGCAAGGACAGCUACAAUCCGGAUUGGUACUUUGCAGCGAAGCAUGAACUCAGAUGGAGACCGUUUAUGCCAGAGCAGGAGGAGAGAGCCCUCCGUGUGAUAACGUCAUUCGGAGAGGACAUUGUCGACGCUGUGCAGACGCCACUUCACGAUGCUGCUUGUAUUGUGGACGACGAUCCUAGGGCUAAACAAGAAAUCCGCGACGCCUUCUCAAAAUACCCAUGGGCUAUCAACCUGUGGAAUUACGAAGGAUCUACUCCACUAACUCUAGCUUCCGAAUGUGGCAACCUUGAAGCUGUGCGCGAGCUCAUCAGUGUCGGUUGCGAUAUCAACUGUUCAGAUUACGCUGGCCAAACGGCACUGAUGCGAGCGGCAGACAACGGCCAUUCUUGUAUAGUAGAGUGUUUACUAGAUGCCGGUUGCCCAGUUGACGCUACAUCAUCAACGGGCCGCACAGCAUUGAUGGACGCCGCGCGCCCGACGAGAGAACCUGAUGGAGACCCCACAGAAAUCAUUCGAAUCCUACUUUCCGCUGGCGCUUCGACAAAAUUACAAGAUUUGUGGGGCGAUACAGUUUUAGCUUACUUGGGAAAGCGCGAAACCACCGCAGCUGCCACUGAGGCCAAGUUUCACCUGCUCCUGGCAGCCGGCGCCGACAUUAAUUCGUGUGAUGCUACUGGUGAAUCACCGCUGCAACAAGCGAUAGCCCGGAACACAAAAUACGUCAUGAGGUAUCUCAUAGAGGCAGGUGCCGAAGUGCAGUGGUUUCGGCAAUAUCGCGUUAAUCUGCUACAUUAUGUAGCAUUACAUUCUGGUUUAGAAGCUUUGCAAGAAUUGGCAAGAAUGCAACUGCCGCGUUUGAAUACGGAUAUGUUGGAUGAAGAUGGCGAUACUCCAUGGGACUGUUUUAUCUACACCGUACAUUCGCCAGAUUGGAGACUUGGAGAUUUUCGAAGCCCUAACCCUCAAGAGAUCGAAUGUUUUGUCUCAUUGUACAAGAACAUGAGAGAGCAAAACCUGCAACUCGACAUUGGAAGACUACAGAGGACACGUCAAUACCUUGCGGACGCGAACCAGCGUGGAGCUAGCGCUGCCUUGGAGCCGCUGAUCAAGGAGAAGAAAGAGUGGGAACAAUGGGAAUCUCUGUCAACUUAUAAGGCGAUAUUAUUGCAAGUUAAGCAGGAGAUGUGGGAGGCAGCCAUUGAAUCCGUGGACGAGAACAUUGAAGUUUUGCAGGAAAGAAUUGCCCAGGACCCGUGGGAUCAGGAGUCAUAUUGGGACUACUUGAAAAACUCAGGCUCGGAGGAUUCUGAGGAUGAGGUGAGCAGCUUGGGAAGCGAUGAGAGUGAAUACCAAGACUGCGAGGAGGAUGAAGAUAGCGAGGUGCGAGACCACGAAUGA